GAAGACAGCUGUCCAUUGGUGACUCUACGACUACUACUACUACUACUACUACUACUACUACUACUACUACUACUACUACUACUACUACUACUAGCUUGUAUAGGUUGUAAACAUCAGUGCCGUGUCUUUUUCCACUGUUUGUGAUUUCCCAAGCAGCAGGAUAAAGAAUAGUUGGAAUUCCUCGAGAAGGAUUCGGACGUGAAACAAAAGGGAAAGUGCGGACUUUGGUCGGCCGAAGCUGCCAAUCAGGAUCACUUCCGGCAGGAUUACAUGCAGUCCAAUGAUGGAACAUGAAUGGAUGCAGACACCACACCGCACACACGGACUGCCUAUUUCCUGUUGUAUGAUCGAUCAGACAUGCUGAAUGGAGGCAGAAGUUCCGCGGCUGUAGAGCGCCUGCAAUACUGUAAAUGAAUCUUCAGUUCAUGGAGGACGACGAUGAGGAAUAUUUUUUAACAAGGAUACAAAACCGCUACAGCCUAACGGCGCCAGGACAAGCCACCAUCAGAGGAAUCAGCGCUCUUACUUUGACGCCCUUGAAGCAAAAGCCUCCAGGAUUUAGCCUCCACCCUCACCGAGCGAUAAAAAGGCAUGUGGGAGUCUGAGGGUGUCCACUUCCUGUCUCCUGUCAUACAAAUGUAGCCUCAACUGGCCGAGGCGGGUGGCGAAACCAUGCUGAGGAAUGACCAUCUGGUCUACAUCGGCCUGGAGGUGCUCAUCGCCUGCUUGGCUGUGGCCGGGAACGUUCUGGUGUGCUGGGCCGUGUGCCUCAACUCCAACCUGCAGAGCAUCACUAACUUCUUUGUGGUGUCGCUGGCCGCCGCUGACAUCGCCGUGGGCCUGCUGGCCAUCCCGUUUGCCAUCACCAUCAGCACUGGCUUUUGUGCCGACUUCCACGGAUGCCUCUUCAUCGCGUGCUUCGUCCUGGUGCUGACCCAGAGCUCCAUCUUCAGCCUGCUGGCCAUCGCUGUGGACCGAUACAUCGCCAUCAAGAACCCGCUCAGGUACAACAGCCUGGUGACGGGUCCGAGGGCAAAGGCGAUCAUUGCGUUGUGCUGGCUCCUCUCGGUGGGCAUCGGCCUGACGCCAAUGCUGGGCUGGAACAAAGGAUUGAACUCCACCAGCCCCGCCUCCGGCACAUGCCCCGAGGGCUUCACAGAGUGCCUCUUUGAGGGCGUGGUCACGCUGGACUACAUGAUCUACUUCAACUUCUUUGGCUGCGUGCUCCUACCCCUGGCGGUGAUGCUGGUGGUCUACGCCCACAUCUUCAUGGCGGCGCGGCGCCAGCUCCGCCUGACGAGCCUGAAGAAGGUCUCUCCGGCCCCGCCCGCCCCGUCCCUGAAAGGGUCGACGCCGUCGUCCCGCUCCACCUUGCAGAAAGAGGUGCACGCCGCCAAAUCGCUGGCCAUCAUCGUGGGCCUGUUCGCCCUGUGUUGGCUCCCGCUGCACAUCAUCAACUGCUUCAACUACUUGUGUCACGACUGCGCUCGCCCGCACGUCUGGGUGAUGAACAUCGCCAUCAUCCUAUCGCACGCCAACUCUGUCGUCAACCCCUUCAUCUACGCCUACCGCAUCAGGGAGUUCCGGCAGACAUUCCGGAGGAUUCUCUACCGGCACCUUCUGAGGCAGAGGGAUGGCUUCAGGGUGGGCGACGACGGGGGCGACACGAGGAGCAGCAGCAUCAGGAGGACAUCCUCGCACAUCAGUAGAGAGGACACCUUGUCUUGCACCGUGGUGAAUAGCUACGUCCUGGACUCCAGCCCGUGGACGUCAGCAAACAGCUGCACACGCAACGGGAAGCCCGGAGCGACCGCGCAGCAGCAAUGCAUGAUGGGACUUCCAGCGCAGGAGGGGGCGGAGUCAGUCACAUACCUGGAGGGGACCAAGAAUGUGGACGUGAGAGACGGUGGUGAAAGCUGCAUCGCUUUUGUCAACGCUCCCGCUCUUUGUGCCACACAGACUCCACACUGUACCCAAUUAACACAAGUGGGGUGAGUUGUGUCGCAACCGUGUCACACAAACCUCAUCUCAUUUUUUAACAAUUUGAAUGGUCACAAGUUAAAACGAGUGUAAAAACAAGUUAACAGCUGGAAGUAAAAACCUAAAAAAACAUUGAACGCAAGUCUUGUUUUAAUGACAAAGGUGGAAUGCUCGCGGGUGUUGUGUCACAACCGUGUCACGCAAACCUUUUCUCAGUUUUUUAACAGUUUUAAUGGUCACGCAAGUGUAAAAAGAAGUUAACCACUGUUGAUAAAAACCCAGUAAAAUUUUUUUUUGUCUCGUCAGAAUACACUUUUUUCUCAUAAUAUGUUUGCUUUAUGGCACUAUUUUUUUUUUUGGCGCACGAUUAACGUGGACACGUCCUGUUUGACCCUCGGCCUCCACACCGUAUUUUGAGGAAGUGCAGUUGUUGUAGAGCUAGAAGCGGAAACAAAGAUUGAGGGAAAAGAAAAUGGUAUUUUGAAGUUUGUAAGUUUGGCUUCAAAGCCCUAGCAGACGUCUCCUUCGACAAGACCAAACUUAUUUGUGUCGCUGUGACUUGAGUUGUCAUGAAGUAUGUCGCCUCUGGGAGAAGACAGACGUUACUGGCGCACUGCAGGUAUUUUUUUUAAUUGUCAGGUAUACAUACUGUAGGUACCUUGGCAUACAAGUGUUUUUUAGACGCGAGCCGCCUCUCGACAGUUUUGCUUUGAACUGAUUUGGGCUAGGAGCUGCCAGUUACCGGCAUAGCCGAUGACAGCUAUUUGGAGGCUAGUGUCAAUGACAUAGCAUUAGCUAGCAUGCUAGCAGCGUGUUAGCUAGUUACCAGGAAACAUUUUUGACACAUCAAUAAAAGAUAUGUACAUUAUAGCAAUGUAAUUUAUCUUAUUUAUUAUGGAUUGGGCAAAACUAUGACAGGAACAACAUCAAAUUAAAAGCACUAAAUGAAUACAGAGCCACCAUCCACCAGUAUGAGCCUGGACUUCAUUUUUCAGAGAAGUUGUGUACACAUUAGCACUCAGAAAGGUCAUCAAAACUUACCUUUAUGCAUUCCCACAUAGUAUCAGCAUUUGGGAGCAAAUAUGAGGUGAACGAAAAAGGGUAAAAAUACAGUAUAGUAGUCUAUCUCUUGCAGCGUGGGAGAAGGUAAAGGUGCGUUCAAGGACCGUGAAACAGUGGGACAAAUCGCCGCUUGCAUUAAACAUUCAAAAACUAUUGAUUUCUAACUGUAUAUUAUUUUUGAAUAAAAUAAUGGCCCAUAUUUCCAAAAUGCAUAUCCCUUUACAUAACAUUGGAUGUGGUUAUCUUAGAUGCGUAUCAAAUAGUUUACCACAAAGAGAUUUACAUCCCUACUUAUGACAGAUAAAACCGUAUUUCUAUCUGCGAUUAAGUGCGAUUUAUUAUGAGUUAACUAUGGACAAAAUGAGAUUAAUCAAGGUUAAAUCUUUUAAUUGAUUGACAGCCCUACUUUAUUCUCAUAAAAUUACACCACAUUUUUUCCAUUCCAAUAUUUUGACUUUAUUCUCAUAACAUUAUAACCUUUUCUGCAACCUAAUUUUCCAAAAAUUACAUCUUUAGUCGUUGUUUUGUUUGUUUCUCAUAAUAUUACAACUUUUAAAAAUAAAAACUCAGUCUUGAUUUUCAUGACAACGGUGUAAUGCUCGCAUGAGUUGUAACACGCACGCCUCAUCUCAUUUUUUAAACAAUUUUAAUGGUCACGCAAGUGUAAAAGGAAGUUAACCACUGUUGGUAAAUUCCAAAAAACCUAAAACUCAGUCUUGUUUCAAUGACAAAGGCGUAAUGCUUGUGCGAGUUGUGUCACAACCAUGUCACACACACACUAAUUUAAAAAAAAUUUGAAUGGUCACGGAAGUGCAGUACAGUCAAAACUGUCUUAGCGGCCACCUGUAUAGAACGGCCACCUGCCUAUAGCGGCCACUGACAAAUCCCCCACAGAAAAUUUACGCGUUAUAGACCCUGUGUGUAGCGGUCACCUGUCCAACGCGGCCAGCGGCCACCCAUUUUGUCUCCCUUGGUCAAUAUCUGCCUGCAUAUAGCGGCCAAAUUACCGACUCAAGCAGAAGCUUCAUGAACGAAAAAGUUUUGUUUUUUAAGCAAUGAAGCCAUCGUGUGUAGACUUUAAUUACUGAGUCCUAGCUCAGUCACAAUCAUUCACAAGAUCCACACAAACUGUCAGUUGUUCCACAUAAAAAAGCCGUCUUCUUUUGAGCUUGUUGCAGACAGUGACACCGUUUAUUUCCUGGUGUGAGACAAUGUGCACAAUGUGUGUCAAUACUGUAAUGCCGCUUGUUGUGGGGAAGGAGAGACUCACGUCGCCGAUGCACUUUAAUGGCUUUAUUAACAGCGGAGAACACUGCAGGACUUUACAUCCACGCCAACAUAAACACACUUCCCAACUCUCUCCAAACUCACAGCUAGCACUGAGCCUAGCUCUCCUGCUCGGGACGCCCACCGUCACUUCCCGUCACUUCCUGAUGAACUAAAGCUGUAAUGACACUCUGCCGUAUAAAAAGUAAAAUAUUAAAAACAAGCAUAAGACAUUGCUAGCACAGCUUUGUUCUGUGAGUCGUGUAGAAUAACAAGUGUAGUAGUUCUUUACAACUUUUAUCCGCAGUCACACAGUGCCCUCUACUGGUCAACAUGUAACAGUAUAAUUAUAUGUAUCUGCAAACACAGCAAGCUUCUAAUCACAGACAUGUUAAUAUGUGCGUGCACAAAUUCAAAAUGGCUGCCAACCUGUCUAUAACGGCCACCUGCCUAUAGCGGCCACUUUUGCCGUUUCCCUUUAGUGGCUGCUAUAGACAGGUUUGACUGUAUUUGCAAUGUCCAGAGCUUUGAAAUAAAAUAUAUGGAAACUUCCCCAAAGUGUAUAAAUUAGAAAAAAUAGGUCACUUGAAAACAGAAGGUGUAUCAUGGACACUACACCAUAUUUCUGAUUAUGAAUCAGUGUCACUUUUUUUGCCUGAAUAUUGACAAAAAACUGAGAAAUAACUUGGAAAUACUCAGAAGUUGACACUGUGUGUCAAUGCUCAUUUGCAUAUACACUUCCUUGAUUGACUUUUCGGAACAUUGUGUGUGGGAUACGCUGUUUACCUUUAAUGGGGUGUAACGUUUUGUCAGAGGUACUUUUUUUUUGGAUGCAGAAAAAUGCGUUUGGUGCAGGAUGAGGUGCUAUACUUUGGGAAUCACGGCAGCUGAAACAUAAGGUUCCACCGUUUUAUUUUCUUGAUUUCAUUGUCUUUGUCACAAACUUUUUCAUGUCACAAAACGACCAUAGUAAGCAUAUCCACGGACGAUCCGAAAGUUAAAAAAUAAUGUAUGUCCACAUAAAGACACAUUCACCAGCUGUCAUUUAGCCCCAACCUGAAAACGCAACCACACGGAUGCAUUAUUUUAUACUGUAUGUUCCAAUCCCGGCACUGCCCGCGUGGGGAACCGGGAUAAAAGGUUUGUAGGCUGCUUACUUAUCCAGUCCUCAGUGCUAAUGAGACAUUUUCUCAAAAUCUGACCAUACUAACUACUAUUUUUUCAGCCUGGGUUAUUGGGGCAUGUCCUGUCGUGGUGGCAACUUCAAACGGGCAUCUUUGUUUGCAUAUGAGUGUGCUUCAUUCACCUAUUAUGUUGCU